GCGUUUGUAAAAGGUUUAAAACAAAUCAAUACUAGAAAGAAUCUAGUCGACUAAGAUGAUCAAUUAGGCUUGAUUAUUGGUAUUUCGCUACAGAAACAUAUUGAUCAGUUUCAGAGUUUACAAUUUGAAUACAGGAUAGUUUACAGGCUUUCAAAAUAUCUUUUCCUGACAAGUGAUUUAACAGUGCGACCGGCUAAUUAGGAAAAAAAUACAUAUAUAAAACUUCGAUUGCAUACGGACAAAACUCUUACAAAAACCCAUACCAUUAUGCAUUGAUUUACCGUUCGUAUAGUGUGCUACUGACAACAAUACUUAACUAUGUGCAAUAUUGUUUUAAUCUGUAUUAAAACAGUUUUGCUGAUAUGUUAAAGCUAUGUUAAAGCUUUUUGGACAUAUUGUGUGGGAUUUAUUAGACUUGAAUGCAAUCGUGAAGAAUCGUAGAAGAUAAAUAGUAUCAAUUUUACAUUUAAUAACCGACGUUUGACUACCAUAAUCAUUUGAAAGCAUUUUCGCUCCAGAUAUUGGAAAAUUCAUUGAGAGUUAUGCGCUAGCAAUUAUCUAACUUGAUUGAAACGGUCAGGAAAUAAUUUGUGUAAGUGUAGCACUUUUCGAAUACAAAUAUCUUUAUAGGAUAAAAAAAGCGACAUGGCACUGGAAUUUGAUUCGGAUGAAAGUGACGCAGAGGAAAGAUCACCGUCUAGAGAAAGUAGAAAGUAUAAAGUUCAUUCGUUAGAUUCCGGAUAUAAUAAACAGAAACCAAAACGUGAUCUUAUAGAUACACUUUUCACGUAUGUAAAUAGAGAUUUAUUGAUAUGCAAAUUAUUUUACUUCUUUUUCUUUGCGGCAUUUGGAUCACUCUUCCCACUGCUUGCAAUUUACUUCAAGCAGUUGGCAAUGAAUCCGACUCAGAGUGGUCUUUUAAUGGGAUUCCGACCAUUUAUAGAAUUUUGCAGUGCUCCAUUUUGGGGAAGUCUUGCUGACAGGUACAGAAAAGCCAAAGAACUGCUUCUAUUUUCGUUGUUGUGUUGGAUAGUAUUCACUCUUGCUAUAGCAUUUGUUAAACCACCACAUGACCAUUGUUUGACUGGAAAUGCCACUCAUGCGAUACCACCUGGAUAUGUUUUAAGGUAUAAACGUGCUCUUAAUCAAGGUCCCGGAUACAAGGUCAUUCCUAGCUCAACUACGGUUCAACCAGUUGAUAUAGCCGGAAUCCAUUCAAGUUUUAAACCUUUUACAACUAUUCAUCCUCAUGUACAUACAUUGGCUCAUCCUGCAUACAAAGACACACACAAUGUACUACAAAACAGCAAUAAGUUAUCAGAAAUGAAAGGUAGUACCCACCACCCGAUUAUUGUUCAGAUCCAUAAAGGAAUACACAAUCUUUUAAACAUGUCAACCACUAAGCCAACACAGGGUCUUGAGACAACUACGAUAAAUAGAAAAUCUGACGAUUCUAUCAAACCCAUGUUUAGUUCUAUAUAUUACGACAAGAAAGACGUGCAGGACACAUUUUUCACUUUACUUUUAUUGAUUGUCAUUGGGGAAUUCUUUAGUGCACCGGCCAUUACGUUUGUCGAUUCAGUAACACUUGAAUAUCUCGGUGAAGAUAUUGACAAUUACGGCCGUCAACGUAUGUUCGGCUCGCUAGGUUGGGGACUAGCAAUGUUUUUCGUUGGUCUUGCGUUAGACCAUUCAUCAACAUUUCCAGAUCACCCUUGUGGUAUAAAGCACAUUGCCGAAAAGAACUAUACAAUUUGUUUUGCCGUUUUUUCUGUCUUAAUGAGUUGUGCUUUGAUAACUGCAACUCAGCUCCAAUUCAGACACCAUCAAGGCGGGAGAGACAUACAGCUUAUGGAAAUUGUAGUUCGGGUAAAAGAUAGGGUGAUGGAGAGAAUCACGGGCGAAAAGCGUCCUCAUUCUGGACCGCUCUUCGACGAUGCUGACAGUGAUAUAAACUACUUAGAAUCAAAAGCUGCGGUUCAAAAGCAAGCAUCGGAGAACCAGGAAGGGCAACAGGAAGUUAAUGACUGUCAGAUAUCUCUUGACAAGCGACCAGAUAUGGUCACUGAUGCUGUAUCUAAACCAACAGACGAUGCCAUUGAAGAACCAUUUUUAGGAAAAUGGAUUGCUGUUAUAAAGAUGCUUGCAACAUUCAAGUAUAUUUCAGUACUAUUUGUGGCAUGGUUUAUGGGAUUUGGUAUUGGUUUGAUAUUCACCUUCCUGUUUUGGCAUUUACAAGACAUUGGUGGUAGUCCUACAUUAUUUGGUGUGGCCUCCAUACUCAAUCACGUCUCUGAAUUGCUAGCAUUCUUCUUUAGUCGUAAAAUAAUUUCUUCGUUUGGACAUAUAAGGGUGCUUUAUGCUGGUUUGUUGGGAAAUGUUGCCAGAUUUAUCUAUAUAUCGUUACUCAAGAAUCCAUGGUGGGUGCUUCCAUUUGAACUUAUACAGGGUGUUACCCACGCCGCUGUGUGGGCUGCCUGUUGUUCCUACAUCACACAUGCAAUUCCUUCCGAGCUUCGUUCUUCUGCCCAGGGAAUAUUACAAGGAUUACACCAUGGGCUAGGAAGAGGAUGUGGUGCUGUGUUUGGGGGUAUCAUGGUGUAUAGUUAUGGUACUAUAGUGACUUUCCGAGCCUAUGGGAUAACCUGUUUGAUAAUCUUGAUCUUCUAUGCGGGUCUGAAUCGUUUCUUUGGAAACAGAGCACAUUUCUCUUAUGGAUCUAGCAUGAAGCAUGAACGUCUUGAAGAGGAGUCGCCUACGUUACAUUUAGCUCCACAUGGAGUUCCCUCUGGAAUGGCACGAGACCUGUCUAGUAGUAGAUUGAAAGAAGAAGGUAAAAUAGAUAAAUUGCUUAUAUAA